AUGAAAAAUUUAAGAGAAGAUUCAGUAACAGAUUGGAAGGAUAAUUAAAAUAUAGAAUUUCUUAUUAAAUUGAAGAACCAAAUUUCGAAAAAAAAUAUUCAAUUUCUAACAUCAGAAGAAGCUUUAUAGAUAUCACUCAGGAUAAAACCUAAGCAGAUUCUCUAGAGACCUAAAUAUAAUGGCACAUUUUAAAUCAGAAAUGAAUUAACUGCUGAUGUAGUAGUUUUUACUAAAACAUUGGAAAAGCAUUUAUUAAAUUUGAAGACCUAUUCCAAUAUAACAGAAUGGAAUCCAAGUACUUAAAGAUAAAUGGUUGAAUAAUAAAUAUAAUAUUAUUAGGUAGAUGAUAUAUUACUUGAAAAUCCUGUGUAGGACAUAUCUAAAUACUAUAAAUAUGGAAAUUAACUUGUUAAAAUGAGUGAAUUAUUUUUGAAUUAAAUAAAUCUCUUUACACUAAAGGAAAUUAAGUUAAUUGGAUCAGUUUAAAAGUCGUCGAUACCAAGAUAAUCAUUUAUGUCUGGCUGUGAUAUUUUAUUUGCUAAGCAAGAUUCAAAACGAUCUAGAUAUAUAAUUGCAAGUUUAAUAAAAGCAUGCUUUGAAGAAUAAAGGUAUCUUGUAGCUAGAUUUGUUCUAAGGUAGAACAGCAUUCCAAAGCUAGUAGUUUUGAUUCCACAUCUUAAAAAAAACUGUGAGUAUUUUUAUAUCAUAGAAUUGCCAACUGUAGAAUCUAUUAGAGAUUAUUCCUUUAACAGUCUAAUAAGAUCUACUCCAGAACAAUAAAAACUUAUGAGCUAAUUGAUAGACGAAUUAGAUUUAGAUUAGGAUGAAAAAAACUAAAAUUAAUUUAAGAUCGGAUCACAACCAAAUGAGACCAUUGCUAAAAUUAAUGAUCUAAUAUUGAUGAGAGGAAUGAAUGUGAAUGAAGAAGAAAUUAAUAAAAAGUUAUUUACAAAAGAAUAUUAACAAACAUUUAAAUCAGCUAGUUAAAAACUUCUGAGUAAUAUUAAUGAAUAAUUUAAUUUAAAAAUCAUUAAUUAGUAAUUGUAUCAUGAUAGUUUUAACUAAAAGAUUUAUUGGAAAAAUUUAAUAAGUUAAAAAGAUGAUAAAUUAUUUAAUGAUUUAAAAGAUAUAUUUGGCUCAAUCGAAAAAUAGAAUUAUAAAGAUUUAACAAAAAAAGCAUAUUAAUAAAUUGAUUUUAGUAUGCCAUAGUCAAAAAUUAUUUCAAUUCUAUCUUAACCUCUAUUUGAUAUUAGAGAAUUUUAAGAAUAUAUUCAAAUUGUGUAAAAUUUAAUAUACAAAACUAUGGAUACAUUUAUAAAAGGAUAUACUAGUAAUAUUAUUAUUGAACUAAUUCUUUUAAUCAGAAAUAAAUCUAUCUAGUUUGAAUAAUAUGAGGCAUUUAAUUAGUUUUUACUCAAAUUUUAUGAGAAGUUUCAAAAUGAUUAAUUUAUUUCAGAGAUUGUUAGUAGUGAGAUAAACUUAAUUUCAACAGAAAACCAUUAAAAUUCAGUCAUAUUGACUUAAAUCGAAGAGGAAUUUUUAAGAUAAAAUCUCUUAUAAAAGGAAAUGUCAUCACUCAGAGUAUCAAGUAAAAAUUAAGAGAAUAUAUGCCAAAAUUAAACUUCUAAGAUGAAAAAAAUUUUAGUGAAUAGCUUAAAAAAUAAUCAAAAUAAUGAUGAAGAGAUAUAUUAUUCUGAUGAAUCAGAAACAAAUCAAGCAAGAAGGCAAAAAGAAAAUGAUAAUUCUCUUCCAUAGGAUAAUCAUGAAAAUUAAUAAAAUUUUAAUACUUAAUAAUAAAAGAAAUAAAAUAAAUAAUUAGUUUCAUUCACUUAAUUAAGCAGCUAUAAUUCAAUUUAUUCAGAAUCUGAGACUUCUUAGCAUGAAGAUUAAAUCAUUUAAAAUAAUUAAGAUCUAAAUUCUUCUAUUGAAGAAUCAGGAGAAGAAGAAUAAAAAUAAGACUUAAAAAGAAACAAAGGAAAUUUUUCCAAAAAGCUUAAUUUAAAUGAUGUUAAUUUUAAACUAUGCUCAGAUAAUAAACUUUUAAAAGAAACUCUCAUAAAUAUCGACCUCACAUAUAGAAAACCUUAAGUAAAAAAUAUACCUUUAGAGUCAACUCCAGUUUAAAUUUUUCAAAAAUUGUGGUCUGAUGAAAUUUGGAAAUUAAUUACAGAUGAGACAAAUAAAUAUUCUAAACAAAGCUUUGAUUUAAAUUAAUACAAUUUAGACAGUUAAAGUCUAAAAAAAUAAAAAAUUUGCUUUUUUAGUUAAGACUAAAUAAAAAGAUUUAUAAUUUGUGAGAUUCUAAUGGGAAUAUAAAGACUUCCCAGCUUUAGUGACUAUUUUAGUUCAGACCCAUUAUUGUCUGGAGGUUUGAACAGGAUUUUAGGAAGAGAAAAUUAUUAACUGCUGACUAGAUAUUUGCAUAUUUCUGAUAAUUAAAGUAGAAUGGUUCAUGUAGAUGAUCAUACAAAAUUUAAAUAGUUUUAAUCGAUUUUAAAUCGAAACUAUUAAUAAUUUUAUGUUCCUUCAAACUAUCUUGCAAUAGAUGAGGGCAUUAUACCAUUUAAAGGAAAAACAAAAUUUAAAGUGUAUUGUCCCUAAAAGCCUGUUAAAUUUGGAAUUAAAGAGUAUUUAUUUUGUGAUUACAGUGGUUACACUCUCAACUUAAUAAUUCAUUCACCUCAUGAAAAAUAAAAUAUCAGAGACAUUUAUCAACCCUAAACUCUUUAAACUCAAGACAUUGUAAAUGAGUUGAUCAAAGACUAUUAGCCACUUUCUGGAAGUAUUUUAAUCAUGGAUAAUUAUUAUAAUUCAUUAAAUUUAAUACAUGAUCUUAACUAACAAAAUAUCGGAGUCCUAGGAACUGUUAGGCCGGAUAGAAUGAAUUUUACUGAAGAAUAAAAAAAAAUGAUGAAAAUUUAAAAUUUUAACAAAGGAGAGACAAAAUCUUUAACUAAGGAUAACAUUCAUAUAUUCCUUUGGAGAGAUAAAGAUAAGCUUGUUAAAAUGAUUACUAACUUUUUAGAUAAUAGAAAAAUUGUGAAAAGUAUGAAAAAAACAGGCUAAAUUAAGACUAUUCCUUUAAUGGUUGAUAUUUACAAUAAAUAUGCCCACUCGGUAGACAAGAGAAACUAAAUAUGCUAAAAUUAUAGAAUACACAAAAGAUCCUAAAAGUGGUGGAAAUGUGUUUUUUAUCGUUUAUUAGAUACAACACUUUGCAAUGCUUACAUAAUUUAUAAGAUAUUAAAUGAAGGAAAAAAGAGCCUCUUAACACAUAAAGACUUUAGAAUUAAAAUAGUAGAAGAGUUAAUUCAAAGUUUAAAUGAAUCAACAGCUCAACUCACUAAAUCUUUAUCCCAUAAUAGAGGUAUUAUCUACUCUCUAAUCGAUAUAAAUAAAGUUAGAAAGUAAGGUGUACAACAAGAAAUUAUAGCUCAUUUUCUAGAAAGGUAAAACUAAGUCGGAUUAUGCUCACUUUGCAAACAAGCUACUUUUUUUACCUGUGAAUCAUGUAAUUACGGUAAUAAAAAGAUUGCCUUAUGCCCUGUGAAUUGUCAUAAAGAACAUAUGAAAAAAGUUUAUAAUCUUAUAGAUAAGUGA